CAUUCUCCGUCUCAACGUACAUCUCAACUAUACUUACGUCAUGGCUCUUCUAGGUAUAUGCUACCUCAGAUGAAAAACCCUAUCUGAGUUCAAAAGGAAAUGCUUAAAAAAGAAAACAAAGAUCCAUAUGCAUUUGCUCUAAAAGAGGAUAUCAAGGUCCAUGUGCACUGCCUGGAAAGGGGAUAUCCUAAAAUCUUUAAAGGUACAUAUUACCUAAAUUUUAGGCAGUCAGGUUUAAGUUUUUGGAAACUCUGAACGUUUUUGUUGUCUUUUUUUGAAUGCUCAUCUUGUCAUUUUAAAACCAACAUUUUAGCUCAAGAAAAAGUUAUCCUGAUGUAGUCUUUUACUGAGGGAGUAAGUGUAUAAUGUGCUCAAUGAGGUACCGUGUGCAUUCCUUUGAUGGUGAUCCUGGUGGUCACAUAAUCAUGCCCAUCUAGAUUAUAUUGUAUUUUCCAUUCCAUGUAGAUCAUAUUGUAUUUACCAUUUAAGCUCUCUCACCCUGGAGCACACUGUCAAGUAUCAGAACAUGGGCAACUAAUAUCCAAAGUUGAUGCCAUGGUUUGAGGCAUGAAAAGAAACAUUCACCCCUUCAUAACAAGAAGGCCCAUUCUCUCUCUAAGUCUCAACCAAUCUCUGUGCAUCACCACUUCCCCACCACCACCACCACCACCACCACCACCACCACCACUACCGCGACCAUCAUCAUGCUCAACCCAAUCCAAAUCCAAUCCCCACGCUCUCCUAGACGCGCAUAUCAAAGGGGGCAAUCUGUUUCUAGCCCGCAUAAUGUUCGACAAAAUGCCCCAAAGAGCCACUCUCUCAUGGAAUGCCAUGAUCUCAGCCUACACCCACCAAAACAUGCCUCGAGAAGCUCUCUCUCUCUACAUGUCCAUGCUCUCCCACCAAACCCCACCUGACACCUAUACUUUUGCGAGCCUAUUCCGGGCCAUUGCGGGGCUCACAUGCUUGACAAUGGCUCGAACUGCUCACGCCCACCUUCUGGUCUUGGGCUCGAAGCCCAAUAUCUAUGUCGAGAGUUCACUAGUGGACAUGUACGCAAAGUGUGGUAGCAUAGCCAACUCGCGAAAAAUUUUCGAUUCGAUGGUGCAAAGAGAUGUGAUAGCAUGGACUGCCAUGAUAGUUGGGUGCACCCAAAGUGGGCUUGACUCUGAGGCCUUGGUGCUCUUCUCAGAAAUGGUGGGUUCGUGCGCCCAGGCCCCAAAUGGGUUCACUCUUGCCAGUGUGCUCAUAGCUUGUGGCAAUGCCUAUGCAUUGUUUAUGGGCACCCAAGCCCAUGCCUUUGCAGUCAAGGCCGGGCUCGACCAAGGGGUCACAACCCGAACAUCAUUGGUUGCCAUGUAUGCUAAAUUGGGGCUAAUACAAGAAUCUCAUCGAGCCUUCGAGGGAUUCUUGGAGGCCAACGUGGUCUCAUGGACGGCCAUGAUUGCCGGGCUCGUACAAAACGAGCACCAUGACCUAGCGUUAUGGGUUUUUCAAGACAUGUUAUUGACCACUCUCCGACCUAAUGAAUUCACGCUCUCGACCAUUCUUCGGGCAUGUGCGUGCACAGCACUACUUAGGGCUGGAUGCCAAGUCCACUCUCUCAGUGUGAGGCUUGGAUUCGAAUCCAAGUCCUACACAGGGGUUGCACUAGUGGACAUGUAUGCCAAGUGUGGUUGUGUGGUUGAGGCACGAGUCCUCUUUGAUGGGCUAGCCUUCCGAGAUGUGGUUUUGAUGAAUGCUAUGAUCACAGGCUAUGGGCACAAUGGGCAGGCUCGUGAGGCCCUUCAAUUGUUCAAAGAGAUGGGGGCAUUUGGGCUUAGGCCUAACUCUACCACCUUUGUUGGCCUUCUAUCUUCAUGUAGCAAUGCUGGUUUGCUUGAUGAGGGGUUCUCGAUUUUUAACAUGAUGAGAUCCAAUUAUGGAGUUGAGCUAACAAGUGAUCACUAUGCAUGCAUGGUUGACCUAUUGGGUCGAGCAGGCAGGCUCGCAGAGGCUGAAAGGCUAAUCGAGGAGUCAGGCCCAAGCCUAAAGCAAGAUAUUGUGCCGUUAAAGGCCUUGUUAAGUGCUUGCAGAAUCCAUGGUGAGCUUGAGAUGGCAAGGCGAGUGGCCAUGCGUGUGCUUGAGUUGCACCCUGAUGAUGAGGGUGCAUACAUUUUGCUAGCAAACACUUAUGCUCGUGCUCGCAAUUGGGGCGAAGCUAAUCGGGUCAGGGCAUCUAUGAAAAUCAUGGGGUUGAGAAAGGACCCUGGCUUAAGUUGGGUUGAGGCUAAUGGUGAGGUCCAUGCAUUCGGGGCUGGCGAUAAGUCACACCCUAGAGCUAGUGAAAUUUACAGACAAUUACAAGAGUUGGUGAAUAAGAUGAAGGAAUUCGGUUAUGUUCCUGAUACAAGUUUUGUUUUGCAAGAGAUGGAGGAUGAGACAGAGAAAGAGAAGUCUCUCUACUAUCAUAGUGAGAAGCUGGCCAUUGCUUUUGGGUUGAUGUGCAUCCCCAACGGGAUGCCCAUAAGGGUGUGUAAGAACUUGAGGGUGUGUGGGGACUGUCACAAUGGGAUUAAAUUCAUUUCUAGGAUUGUUGAUAGAGAAAUAAUAGCCAGAGAUGUGAAGAGGUUUCACCAUUUUAAAGAUGGGUCUUGUUCUUGUGGAGAUUACUGGUAGAAAAGAAACAGCGAUCUAAUUUAUGGUC